GCGGGGAGUCGCGUGACGGCGGCGGACGUGCUUGCCGGCUCGCUUGCCAGUCGGUUUCGUUCGGUCGGUUGUGGUUUAUCGCGCUCGAAACGUGUCGCCUUUAUCUUCCCUGUGAAACGCAUUACGCACUUGUUGCCUUUCACGUGACGCGAUUAUUCAUUUUAAUGGUACGCGGUACGAGGAAUUUCACUUUCCCACGAGUAUACACGAAAACCGGGAAAGAAGCGCGCACGGUCGCGGGUAUAUAAUUAUAUAAAGCGUGCUUUUAAAAGAGUCGUCGUCGUCGUCGUCGUCAUUGUCGCCGCGCAGGUCGGUCGUUGCACUUCCGACCGCGUGCUCGGUGACCCUUGUACCUCGUCUAUUCUUGUUGGGGUCGUAUAUGUAUAACGCGAGCCAUGUUACGUUUCGAUCGUGACCAAGACGGUGAACGAUGCAGAAUUGUGCAAAGUGCGUGUCGUUUACCGUCUAGGAAGACUGGACACGCAAAGUGAGGGAGCUUUUCGGGAGCUCGCGAAGAUCCGACCGAUCAAAGAGUGCGCGGUGCGCCGGGAAGAUGAUCUUCACCGGCAGAUCGGUGGACGCUCUCGACGAGAUGCGCGGCACCGGUACCACACCAGAUGGUGUCCGUCCAACAGUGGACGGUGGACGCCGAGACGCGAGUGCGGUCGCUAUCGCUGCCGGAUGGUUCUCCAGUUUGCGGAGACCCGGCAAGAGAAACAAGAAGAGCUUGAAUCAGAAGCAGGCUAAGAGCGCCUGGGAUCUCAGCGUCUUGUCCACCACGCAACUGAAAGAUGAAUUGGGAGAGGUUGUCGCAGAGAUGGAGGCGAUGGAGGGCGGCGGACUUACGGCCGACGAGACGAAACCGUCCAACAAGGCCAAGCAGACGUCGAUCGGUCGCAAGAAAUUCAAUAUGGAUCCCAAGAAGGGCAUCGAGUACCUGAUAGAGCACAACCUGUUGGCGCCGACGCCGGAAGACGUAGCUCAGUUUCUUUACAAGGGCGAGGGUCUCAACAAAACUGCAAUCGGCGACUAUCUUGGUGAACGGCACGACUUCAACGAACGGGUGCUGCGAGCCUUCGUCGAGUUACACGAUUUCACCGAUCUUAUAUUGGUGCAGGCCCUACGUCAGUUCCUCUGGUCGUUUCGAUUGCCCGGCGAAGCGCAGAAGAUCGAUCGCAUGAUGGAGUGUUUCGCUCAAAGGUACUGCCAGCUCAACCCGAAUAUCUUCACCAAUACAGACACCUGCUACGUGUUGAGCUUCGCCAUCAUUAUGUUGAAUACUUCGUUACAUAAUCCGAGCGUUAAAGAUAAGCCCAGCGUGGAGCAGUUUAUUUCGAUGAACCGAGGGAUUAAUAACGGAGGAGAUCUACCGCGAGAGCUGCUUGUGAGUCUAUAUGAGAGUAUAAAAACCGAGCCUUUCAAAAUACCAGAGGACGAUGGCAAUGACUUGAUGCACACUUUCUUCAAUCCUGAUAAAGAGGGUUGGCUGUGGAAGCAAGGCGGACGGUACAAGAGUUGGAAGAGGCGAUGGUUUAUAUUGAACGACAACUGUUUAUACUAUUUCGAAUAUACAACGGAUAAGGAACCACGUGGCAUUAUUCCAUUAGAAAAUAUUCAGGUCCGAGAGAUUCAGGACCGACACAAACCGCACUGUUUCGAAUUGUAUGCCGCUGGUUCCGAGUUCAUAAAGGCGUGCAAGACUGACAGUGAGGGAAAGGUUGUCGAAGGAAAACAUACUGUAUACAGAAUGUCCGCAGCUACCGACGAAGAAAAGGAUGAAUGGAUCAAAUGUGUGCGGCAAAGUAUAUCGCACAAUCCGUUCUACGACAUGUUGGCGGCGCGAAAGAAAAAGGCACAGAAAACCAAUGUACAUUCAAAGAGUUAAACGCUGCCACAAGCCGGGUUUCUCGGCGUAUUAGAAGACUGUUUAUUUCGAUCAAACGUUACGUUUGAUAUGUAUGGUAUCGUAGAAUACAACCCAAUCAUACACAAUGGCGAAAAUUCAUUGUGAAAGCACGCCGAAAGCGUUAUAAAACAUGUCGGUGGAAACUAGGCACGGUGACAUGACACGAAAUAUUGCUGCGACUGCAUACAUAGAAUAUGACAUUAAUAUGGCAUCAUUCGUAGACUGAGCACGGAAUAUAGAAUCGGCGCGAUGUCCCUUGAGUGCAAAAUAGGCAAUUAGAUGAAAAUUACAUCGAUGACGGUAAUGUAUCAUAACGCGCCGUUACAACACGAUGCUCGAUCAGCAUUAUAUCGUUACGAAAAGAAUUUUGCACUAUAGAGGCUUAGCCAUCAAUUUAAAUAUAGACUGCUUUUAUAUAUAUAUA